AGCGCCGUGCUCUACCAGCUGAGCUACAGAGGACCACACAAGUGUGUACACAUAUUCUGUAUACUACCCUCACACACACAAUGAAUAAAGCCGGGAUUAAAAGAUGUAGCUACUGUCUUCAUUAAUCCUUGCAGCAGCGUUUUAGAUAGAAGAGACGAGAGAGUGGGAAAAUAGUUCAUUAUUCAACUGAGUUCAUUGUUCAAGAGAGGGACAACCUCGUGGUGCGUUUAAGUACCCCAUGGCAGCACCUUAACGUCAGCCAUAUUCCUUUCCUCCAUCCUUCCUCCCCCUCCUCCACCACCUGUGGGCUAUUUAUAUCUUGGGGAAUCAAAGAGCCAAUUAAAACGCAGCUGCACAAAUGAGAGAGCCAGCAGACUGAGGUGAACUGUUGUUCACUCUAAGCCAUCCUCGGUUUCAAAGAAUGAUCUGGAGCAACAAGUUGGGCUUACAAACGGUCUGGGGUUACCUUCCUUGAACACUCUUGAGCUACGGGUCAGAAACUGUCAUCAACCGCCUUGGUCAAGGGAGUGUUUUCAAACUGCAGUCCAUCGAAGGUCUGGAGAUACGCACUUGAGGAAUAGACUAGUAGCCUCUGUUCUGUCUCGCUGGCUUAGAUCUGUGGUCGUCUGGACAUUCGGUGAAGCAGAAAAGUUCUCUACAUGGACACUAUGUAUAAAGGUGGUGCCUUGCAUCAGAACCCCCUCCAGCCAUGAGCUACCCCCAUCCUAGGCAUCCUGGGUAGGAUGACGGCUGUGUGCCCCUCUGGGGUGGGCCCUGCUGGGGCUACGGUGGGGGGCUCCAGGGGGUCUGGGGCUGGGAGUACAACUGGGAGUACAGGGGGUCAGGACAGGAGAUACGCCUGCUGGAGCCGUCAGGACAGCUCGGACAUCACUACAGAUGAUGAGGGGGUCCCUGCCCGCCAACUCACCCCCCUGGAGAGGCUCAACCUCGACAUGUGCCAGGACGACAGGGUGGUCCGUGAGCUUACAGUGGGCCGACGUAUCGGCUUCUACAAGGUCCACGGGGAGAUCGGCUGUGGAAACUUCUCCCACGUCAAACUGGGGAUCCACGCCCUCACCAAAGAUAAGGUGGCCAUUAAGAUCCUGGAUAAGACCAAGCUGGACCAGAAGACCCAGAGGCUACUGUCCAGAGAGAUCUCCAGCAUGGAGCGACUGCACCACCCCAACAUCAUACGUCUCUACGAGGUGGUGGAGACAUUGUCACGGUUACACCUGGUGAUGGAGUAUGCUGGUGGAGGAGAGCUCUACACCAAGAUUAGCAUGGAGGGGAAACUGUCGGACAUCGACAGCAAGAUCGUCUUCUCUCAGAUCCUCUCGGCUGUCAAACACAUGCAUGACAACAGCAUCAUCCACCGUGACCUGAAGGCAGAGAACGUGUUCUACACCUGCAGCACCUGCGUCAAGGUGGGAGACUUCGGCUUCAGCACGCUGAGCCGCCGCGACGAGACCCUCAACACCUUCUGCGGCUCCCCGCCCUACGCCGCGCCUGAACUCUUCAGGGACGAACACUACCUGGGCGUCUACGUAGACAUCUGGGCCCUGGGCGUCAUGCUGUUCUUCAUGGUGACAGGAACCAUGCCCUUCAGGGCGGACACAGUGGCCAAACUGAAGCACUGCAUCCUGGAGGGGGCCUAUGUGCUGCCCUCCUGGGUACAGGAGCCCUGCCAGAGGCUGAUCAGAGGCAUCCUCCAGGCCCAGCCCUCAGACCGCUGCAGUGUGGAACAGAUGAUGGGCUGUGAGUGGCUGCUGCCUGUAGACUUCCCCCGGGCCAUGGAGCCCUUUAAACUGGACCCGUCCUAUCUGGCAGAGAGCACGCCUUCAGAGUUGGAGGAGGAUGAUGCGGAGGUAAGGGAGGCGCUGGAGUUACUAGGGAUCACCCCGGAGCAUAUCUUAAAUAAUCAGGGGAAGGACUGUAGGAGUUCUGUUACGGGCGUUUAUAGGAUUCUGUUGCACCGUGCGCACAAGAGGCGGGCGGUGGAGAGCAUGCCUGUGGUUAUGCAUGUGGUCGGGGCCAGCGUGAGUAAAAAGGACCGAUUAAAGGUGUACCACAGCUUACGGCACACCUCCAAGCUUUGUGUGAUUCUGUGACGAAAAGCCUUUACUCCUAUAGUUUAACUAUGUUCUAUUUUUUCAGUAAAAAUGUAUGUGACUGCAAAACGGCAAAAUGUUCACCGCAGAUAAGAGUAACUAAAUAAGUCCUAAAGUUGAGAUUGAUGUUAGGAUUUUUCUUAUUUUUAAAUCAAUCUCUGUGAGAAUAUACUUUAGCCUGGGUGCCAGUCUUUUUCGAUGUUAUCUUACCAGACAAGGCAAAAAUGUUACACUUUUCUCCAAAGUGACAUACUAUUAACACAUACGUAUAUUCAUAUAUGACCUCAUGCAGCAAUAAAUCCCACAACUCUGGUGUUGCAAUCACAACCUGAAGCGACUGAGCCUUGGUAAAACCAGAUGUAGCAUUGUGGAAUGCAGAAAGAGUCAAGCAUCCAGGCUAAUGAGAAUGAUGAAUGUGAUGAUUUGAAUUAGAAAUCAGGAGGUGAUUAUGUUUCGAAUGUUUUAUUGCACUGUUUUUGAGAGGCAUUUGUUUUUUCUUUCCAGUUACAUGACAUCAUGAGUCUAGACAUUGUUUUCAUCUCCUAUUUCAUAAAUGCAUGUUAUUUUUAUUCAUUUUGCAUAUGAUAUCCUAGGUCUGGCUGGGGGUACUCGAGGAGAGGUUUGGGAUGUCUAUUGAUAUCUCUUAGCCUGAGUGCCAGUCUGUUUGUGCUAUCAUGCCAACUCCUUGUCACUCAUUGUCAUGCCAAACAUGUUUGGCUUGACAAUAAGCAAUGGAGUUGGCAAGAGCACAAACAGAUCUGGGACCAGGCUAGAUAUCAGCAGGUAACUAGUUGAAAGGAACACAUUGGCCUAUUGGCCUGGUUGGGUUGACAGUUAUUUGUACACCUUACCUGUCAACUCCAAUAAUUACAUUUUCAAUUGUUAUGAUGCCAUAUUACUGCCCUAUAUAUCUUUUAAAAAUAUUAAAUAAAAUGCUGAA